AUGGCAAAGAGCGAAAAAAGAGGCAAGAAAAGAAACUUCAACAACUGUGAAGUUGAAAUCCUUGUCGGAGAAGUAGAGACAAGGCAAAACAUUUUGUUUGGUGGCCAUAGUAUUGGCGUAACGAAUGCCAAAAAGGCAACAGAGUGGCAGCAUGUGGCAGAUGCUGUCAACUUUGCAUCAGCACAGGGUCGCACUGUCGCGGAAAUAAAAAAGAAGUGGUCAGACAUUAAGGUGGACGCCAAAAAACGCCUGGCCUCACACAGGCAGAGUGUGUGUGCCACGGGAGGGGGAAAGGGGGCACCGGAGCUCACCCCUAUGGAUGAAAGGCUGGCCGGUAUAAUCGGUGAAUCCCUGCUGAGUGGAGUGGUGACGGAGGCAGAUGGGGACACCGAUGUUAAGGUUGCACCGGAUGAACCAGAUGCUGGUUCCAGCGGGGUAGGGGGACAGUGUACCGAGGAACCUCCUGCCUCGAGCGUCGGCGUCUCCACGGCACCUCCUGCGUCGAGCCUCGGCGUCUCCACGGCACCUCCUGCGUUGAGCCCCGGCGUCUCCACGGCACCUCCUGCACAGCCCUCCAGCAGCGGCCGUGUCCUCACUGAUGCAGUCCUGCAGAUGCAGAGGGACACAAUUGCUGCAAUACACAAGGUUGCAAGAGAGCUGGGACAACUUCGUCAUGU